GAUAGAGGAAAUAGAAGCUGAAGACAACAGCCACCGAAUCGAGAGACAAAACACUAUAUUUGAAAGAUUGUUAAACGUUCGAAAUGGGUUUAAUCGACAGGAGAAGGGACGUGUUUAUGUUCGGAUCGUGUCUGGUUCCAGUUCUGGUUCUGUUGGCCGCAGCUGUGACCGUGAACUGCGAAACUCACUCUCUGACCUACAUCUACACGGCCUACUCCAAAGAGCCGUCCACUCCUGGUCUUCACAAGUUCACAGCCAUGGGUCUGCUGGACGGCAGGAUAAUCGACUACUUUGACAACGACCAUCCACUCAAAGUUCCCAAACAGAAAUGGAUGGAGGAGCAGGAGGAUAAGGACUACUGGAAGAAGGGGUCUGAUACCCGCAAGAGCAAGAUGGACUGGUUCAACAUCAACAUCGGAAUCUUGAUGGAUCGGAUGAGACAAAACCAGUCUGGUCCGUCACAAGUUCUUUUGGAAGUUUUUAGAUCAAUUACUCUGCCGCACCAAAGUCCAUGGAGAAAAUCAGAGAUUUUAGUUCAGACCAAAGUCCAUGGAGAAAAUCAGAGAUUUUAGUUCAGACCAAAGUCC